AUGCCUAAAAGUAAGAAGAAAUGUGGGAGACCAUCCAAAUCUGAUAAUUUUGAUGAGAUUGAAUAUUAAGAUGAAGGAUAUAUUGCUACAAAUAAGUUUUCUUUGGAAUUACUAUAAUUGAUCACUGAAAUGGCUAAUUAUAAAAUACUUACAAUAACAGGACCACAGAAAAAAGAUGAUGAGAAAUAAAAUAAAUAGUUAGAUAUGUAGGAUAAAAUAAAUCAGAAAAAGAAAUGUCUAAAAAAUAGAAAGGAAAUAGAAAAGAAAUAAAAUAGUUUAAGAAAAUAACUUGAUAUUAAGGAGAAUAAAGUAUUCCUUUUGAGAAAUCAAGAUGAAUAUCCAAGAAAAUAUCGAUUAUUAAAUGGAAAGUUGAUUGAAUGUGUUAAUACAUCUUUAAAUAAUAAUUAUAUGGAUUAAAAUGAAUAUAUUUAAAGAAAUAAGUUUUUGAAUAGUAUCUUAAGAGUUUGUAAUGAGUUGAAUGAAGAAACAUAAAUGUUUAUAAAUUAAUUAGUUAAAAUAUUCAAUAGAUCUGAUAAAUCACUAAAACAAUUUUAAGAAUAAUUUUUUGAAUCAUUUAAAUCAUCAUCUAAUUUAGAUUAUAAAGAAAUUAAAUAAUGGAAUCAAUUAUUUGAAAUCUCAUUUGAUGAAAAAUUAUCAUUGAUAUAGAAUGAGAUAGAUUAAUUUAAAAAUAGAUUUUGUAAGUAUUAAAAUUAAGAUGAAAAUUUAAAGAGAGUUUAUUAAAAAAGAAUAUAAGUACUAAAUAUUCAAUAAGAAAAUCUUGAUUAAUUAAAAAAUAUACAAAAACCUGAUCGACCUUUGUAACUAUUCAUAAGAAAAAUAUAUUGUUUAUUCCAUAAAUUUUGGAAUUUAGAAGAUUAUGAAGAAUGA